UUGGAGACAGCAGUCAGCCUAGCACCUAAAGACGUUGAGGAGAAAGCAAAAACGAAAGAUGCAGUUGCAAAAACUCAUGAGAAAAGUGGACACGUGAAGCGCAGAGGACGUAAACGCCACAGUCACCGUCGAGCUCGCAGUGUCUCUUUUGAUUCUGAUCUUUCACCUCGGCCGGUGCCUAAAGCAAAGAAAAAGAAGAAGAAGUCACAGAGAAAGAGGAGGAGACACAGAUCUCCCUCCUGCAGUCCAUCACCUGUGAGGAAGAAGAAGAAAAAGAAGAGCUCAAAGAAAAGGAAGCGACAUAGGUCUGCCUCAAGGAAGGGACGUCACAGUGGCUCAAGUCCCAGACGUAAAAGAAAGGAGGACAAAAAGCAUAAAAAGAGGGCAAGGAGCCACUCUCAUCGCAGACACCGGCGCCGGAAAGCUGAAAUUAGGAGUUCUUCCUGCAUGGAAAACAGAUAUGAAGAUUGUGGAAAAUCUGGUUUGCAAGACGGUGGCCAUUCAUCAGCUGUCCGUGGAGGCAACUCAUGCAGGUCGGCAAUCAAGCUGACCAGUAAAAUCUCCUCUAAGUGCUGCUGCCACUUUUCUGAAAGCACCGUCUCGCCAUCACGUCCUGGGGUUGAGGGUUUAAACCAAAUGGUGAUCGUCCAGGACUCGAUGUCCAAUAAGGGAAAAGGACAUGCAGAUUAUGAUUCAGGAAAUGACACGUCCUCUCCAUUGUCAAGUAAAACAGGUAUCCCAAAGUCAAAGGUGUCCGUUAACGGAAAGUUCAGAUGUCAGGGUCUGGCAUCUCCUGAGAAGCUUAGGCUGAACGACGGGGACAAUGCUUCAGAUUCAGGCAACUCUCUAACCAGCUAUGACUCUUUGGGUAAACCAGUGCUCAAAGAAAACACACUUCACAGCUCUGUCUUCAACAAGUUCAAAGGUGAAGAAGCGGGCCGGUGCUCUGAUUUGGAGAAGACACAGCCCCUGGGUGUCGUCACUGAUAGGAAUCGGAGUCCGUCUUAUGAUAGAUAUCAGGAUCGAGCGAGGGCCCACAGCAGAAGCAUAUCAUCCCAAAGCAGAUACUCAGGGCGCUAUUCCAGAAGCCGGUCCCUGUCCCUCGGGAGGAGAUCAUAUUCCCGUUCAUCCAGUUAUUCCCUGGAUUCUAGGAAAGACAGUCUGUCUAGUGCGAGCAGUCUGCGCAGUUUAAAUCACUCACGGUGCACGCUAGACAGGUUUCGAGAGCGGAAAAGAGACUGCAGUUCCUGCAAGAGUAGAAAGCACAGCAGAAGAAGACCUUGCUCUCCAAUGAGGAAGAGAAGAAGAGAUUCCCCCAGUCACCUGGAAGCCCGGCGAAUUACAAGUGCCAGAAAGAGGCCGAUCCCAUAUUACCGUCCCAGUCCCUCCGUCAGCAGCCGAUCCUCCAGCAUCUUGUCCUGGCGUCUGUUUUCUCUCAGUCGCAGCCGUUCACGCAGUCGCAGUCACACUUACUCGUCGUACAGGAGUUACAGUCGCAGCUCGUCGUGGAACUCUAUGUACAGCAGACGCAGUCGCAGUCGGAGCAGAAGCUAUGAGUCAUCUCACUGUAACUGGAAGUGA